UGGGGGUGGGGGAGGGCACGCUGAUUCCUGGGGUAGAGGGGAUCUUCAUGUCCUUGACCCUCUUGAGACCAUGUGCUCCGCCAGUUUGGACAAGCCCUUGGGGGAGAAGCCCGCUUUUUGAAGGUGCUUUGCCUCCUAAGCCAGGCCCCAGAUCACCCUCUUUGCUGAGGGCUGUUUGUCCUCGUGUGUGCGCUGGGGAAGGAAGCAGACGCCAACUUCAUCUUUUUCUUUGUUUUCUCGCUGCUCCUCAUUGGAUUGGGGGGGAGGUGAGGUGGAAGGAUAUGGAAGGAAGAGUUAGGGGGUCGUUUGGGGAUGACGGUGGAGGUUCCUUUCACCUUUGACUGCUACGAAGCUGUGCCCCCGGGUGUUCCACCCUCCUCCUUCCCUAACCUCUUUGAAGAAGAUCCUCUGCCUCCAGCUGUCACCCAGUCCCUGCCUCUCCCUGUCUGGGUCUCUAGCUCUCGGUUUCUUGUUAAUGGCGAGACAAAAAGGAAAGUUGUUGGAAGUCCUUGGAGUCAGAGCCUUCCUAUGGAGUGCACACUUGUCUCUGGUCUAGCCUGCCCUCCCCUCACUGUUCCUCUCUGGGCUUCGGUGACUCAGGCUCUUCUCCCCAGUACCUGACAGAUGGGCCUGUUGUCUUGUUGCACGCUGCAUCCAUAGGCCAUGUACUGUGGUCCUAGCCCGGCUUGCAGAUCUUGGUCUCCUGGCUAAUCUUUAGCUCUCUCAUUCCCAUUCCACGGUCUCCGCUGUCCUCACUGCCUCUCUGGUUCUUCUGUGAUGUGCACCUCUAUUUCUCCACACCCCGUGUUGCUGCCCCACCCACUACUCCUUGCCCACGGUCCCUCUUCUCCCCUUAAUAACCGUCUCUCUACCUCUGGUGACUCCCUCUCGGCCUCUGCCUGUCAUGCCUGGGCUCAGAAGUGGCGCCGGUUCACAGCCGUGUUAUAUGGAGAGUCUGGCUGUGCCCUAGCCAGACUGGAGCUCCAGGAUGGCCCAGAGAAGACCCGGCGAGGAGAGGCCACUCGGAAGGUUGUCCGCCUCAGCGACUGCUUGAGGGUGGCCGAGGCAGGCAGUGAGGCCAGCAGUCCCCGGGACACCAGUGCCUUCAUCCUGGAGACCAAGGAGCGCCUGUACCUGCUGGCAGCCCCCUCAGCAGAGCGCAGUGACUGGAUACAGGCCAUCUGCCUGUUGGCUUUCCCGAGGAAGGAGCCCUCAGGACUGGAGGAAAAGAAUGACAGACCCUGCAUGGAGGAGAAUGAGUUGUAUAGCAGCUCAACUACAGGGGUGACCCGUAAGGAAUAUGCUGUGACCAUGAGGCCCACAGAAGCCAGUGAGCGGUGCCGGCUCCGAGGCUCCUACACUCUCAGGGUCGGGGUGAGUGCCCUGGAGCUGUGGGGUGGCCCUGAGCCAGGCACCCAGCUUUAUGACUGGCCCUACAGGUUUCUUCGGCGCUUUGGGCGUGACAAGGUGACGUUUUCCUUCGAGGCUGGCCGACGCUGCGUCUCCGGAGAAGGCAGCUUCGAGUUUGAAACGAGACAAGGCAAUGAGAUCUUCCAAGCCCUAGAAGAGGCCAUUGCUGCCCAGAAGAAUGCCGCCCCUUCUGGGCCUCCAACCCUGCCAGCCACGGGGCCCAUGAUGGCCGCCGUGCUGCCUCGGCCCGAAAGCCCCUACUCCCGGCCCCACGACUCUCUGCCCUCCCCUUCCCCCGGCACACCGGUGCCCGGCGUGAGGCCAGGGGGCCCCGAGGGGGAAUAUGCCGUACCCUUUGAUACAGUGGCUCUCUCCCUGGGGAAGAGCUUCAGGGGCAUCCUGAAAGGUCCUCCGCGGCUCCUUCCCGACCCGCUCUACGACAGCAUCCAGGAGGGUCCCGUGGCCCCUCCACCCGACCACAUUUACGACGAGCCUGAGGGCGUGGCUGCCCUCUCCCUCUAUGACAGACCACGGGAGCUCCAGGGGGAGACAUGGAGGGAGCAGGCCACCGCUGAUGGGGGUCCCAACCCACGCCAGCAAGACUCCUCUGUGCCUGGCUGGCCACAGGCAACGGAGUAUGACAAUGUCAUACUUAAAAAAGGCCCCAAUUUUAUAUACAGCUUGCUGUUGACUGAGAAGCCCUUGUGUGACACACAACUGAACUAUGCAGUGGCUUCAGGGCAAGUAAGAGGGCCCCCCCCCCUUAGAGAGUGUCCAAGCUGUUUGUGUGUGUUGGGUGUGAUCUGCAGAAACCUGCCCCCUGCUUACAGCGGGGUGUCUCAGGAGGUUCCGCGGUGGACUUUCAGCAUCUCGGAAGGGCCCAGAUUGCUUCGGCCUCUCUGGCUCCCUUAGGCUCCUCCCCGGUGACUCCACUCAAGCUGUUGCUGCCACCACUUCUCCUCUGUGAUGCUAACCAGCCUCCUGCCUCUUGCCUCC